AUGGCUAAUCCAGACGAGUUCGAGAUAGCAGGUGUAGAUGUUGGUGCUGAUGUAAAUGGAGAAUCUAUACCUCAUGGAGAGAGCACAAAUGCAGAUUACCAGGGAGCAAAUGAGCAGAUUGAUCCUGAGAGAAUAGAGGUCGUGUCUGUAACAGAAGAAGAUAUUCCUGCUAUUGAUACCCCAACCACUCUGAACGUCAGUCCCCUGGACAGCCCAAGUGCCAGUCUUGCACCAGACAGCAGCAUUGUCAAACCAGCUUUUGAAGACACAGCUUCCAAAGAUCCUUUAACUGAAGUCGCUAACAAUGUCUCAGCUCAGUCCAGCCCAUCAAUGCCAGUUACCAAAGUCCAGCCCUUCGUUACAGUUGAGGAGAAAACAUUUCGUGGCAGCCUGUAUGCAAGCAGGAUGGAGAUACUAAUCGGAGCUUGUGUGCUGCUCGCCCUCAUCGUUGUGCUUGGGAUUGGAUUGGGUGUUGGCUUGAGUUGUGCCGGGAAGUUUCGAUGUGGUUCUUCUGGGUGCGUCAGCAUGUCUGUACAAUGUGAUGGCCAUCUAGACUGUGAGCAUGGAGAAGAUGAGCUCAGCUGCGUGCGUCUGAGUGGUAGGAGUUCUGUACUUCAGGUGCUUAUUGGUGGAGUCUGGAGCACUGUUUGUGCUGAGGACUGGGGCCCUGAGCUUUCGCUAUCUGCGUGCAAACAGCUUGGUUAUUCCGGAUAUGUGGCGUGGAAUUCACUUCCUCUGUCCUCUGUUGAGCAGGAUUUUCAAAGUAACCUGGUAUCAAUCAUUUGGAACCACACAAGUUCCCAGCAACCCAUCAAGAUACACAACAUGUCUAGUCUCAGUAAAACCCAGUGCAGUUUUGGAAAGGUAACAACACUGAAGUGUAUAGCUUGUGGUUCCAGACCUCGGUUCAGUGCUCGUAUAGUCGGUGGUAACCUUUCGGCUGAGGGCCAGUUCCCCUGGCAGGUGAGCCUACAUUUUCAGAGUGAGCAUCUGUGCGGUGGCUCCAUUAUAUCAUCUCACUGGAUACUGACAGCUGCACAUUGUGUGUACGGGUUUGCAUAUCCUACGCUCUGGUCAGUACAUGUGGGAUUGAUAGAACAGCCAGUGAAUGGAGUAAAGUCUCUGGCGGUGGAGAAGAUUAUUUAUCACAGUCGCUACAGACCCAAAGGCUUGGACUAUGAUAUUGCAUUGCUUAAACUGGUGCAGCCUCUCAAUGGUUUCAAUGAUUUUGUUCAGCCUAUUUGUCUGCCAAACUUUGGGGAGCAGUUUGAGGAUGGAAAAAUGUGCUGGAUUUCAGGAUGGGGGGCCACGGAGGAUGGGGGUGAAGCGAGUGUGUUUCUGCAUUCAGCAAGAGUACCGUUGAUCUCCAAUAAGGCCUGCAGUCAGCCGGAUGUUUAUCAAGGCUAUAUUUCCCCAGGGAUGAUCUGUGCAGGUUACUUGGAGGGUGGUACAGACUCCUGCCAGGGUGAUAGUGGUGGACCACUUGCUUGUGAGGAUUCCUCCAACUGGAAAUUGGUGGGGGCCACAAGCUGGGGCCAAGGCUGUGCAGAAAAAAACAAACCUGGGGUUUACACACGCAUCACACAGUCCCUCACUUGGAUACAUCUACAGAUGGAGAGAGAAGAAAUGUUGAAGCCCUCUACUAUCAGCUCAGAUUCUUGAAACAACUUUCUAACUGAGGGUAAUAUGACAUCAGGAUACUGAAUCUAGGCAGGGGUUCAAUAGGAAAAAUAAUCUGCCACUGGCUGUAACUGUUUGUCAUAUAUAAUAAGAAAUCAUGUAUAUUAUGUGCACUCAGAUUUGAAAAAGUUUUGUUUAUUUGGUGCAAGUAGUCUUAUACAGUACUUGCUAUUGUUUUAAGGAAUAAUCUGCCAAACAAUCCUGUAAAGUGUCAUGAGAUAUUACACUUAAGCAUUUCCACGAAAACAGAACUCACAAUGUGAAUUGAGGCAAUAAAUA